AUGAAUUAUGAAGAAAUUUUAAAGCAACAAGUGGAAGCUGAGCGAGAAAAAACGCCAACUGAAGCAAGCAGACCACAUACUCCCGGAAAAAUUCAGAAAAAAGUUCUUGUUCCACUUGAAGAUCCAGAUAACGUCGAAACAGAGGUAAAAUACCCAGUUAAAGAACCACCGCCACGCGUUGCCCAAAUGGCAGAAAUGUCAACACAAUCAACAGAAACAGAAACCACAACAGAAGAAAAACCUACGCAACCCGAGAUUUCAGGAAUACCACAAAAUUACCACAAACCGAAUCAAGCAUACUUAAAAUCAUAUAGAAAAGAAAUGGAAAGUAAAAAAGUAAAGAAAGGUCCAUCUUUGUUUGAAAAAGCAAUGGCACCUCCACCUAAACCUUUGCAAAGGACUCUAUUUACAUAUUUUGAUCUACUAUCCGAAAAAGAGUAA